AUGUGAUGAUGUUCAUAAUAUGAGCAAAUUAUGUAGCGAGUAUAGAUACCAAUUUACUUUGUGGUUAAUAUCAUAUAUUGAUUAGGAGGGAAGGGAAGCUACGUCUAGUGAAAGACAGAGAAUUCUAUGUCGUCAUCACUCUGCCCUUCCCUUCCACCACUUCCUUCCCCUCGUCAAUACACAUCAAGAAGAAAUUAGUGUUUCGAAUAAGUUGCACUGAAGUAAUAGGGCCCGAAUCGAAGAUCGUAGCCUAUGAAAUACCAGUCGAUUGAACAAUCGUCAACACAUUUACGCAGAUCUUAAAAUCCGGAAUAAAGGUAGCAAUAAUUUUCAGUACAAUGUUAAUGAAGAUAAUUCAUCGCAACCACCAAGCAGCACACCUCAAUGAACUCUCAUGGGCUGCACAUUCUGCACGCUAUAUGACUGAGAUCGUAAACCCUCAUUGUGUGGGGCAUUGAUCUAGGGUUUCAAGAGGAAAGACGGAAGUCUUGAGCAUGGUUUGUUUGCCUGGGGUCCCCGGGUAUCAUUCAUAUGGUUAGCACCCAGUUGUUUUCCCCAGUUCUCUGGCGUGCUUCAUGGGUUCUGGGUUUUGGACAAGGUUUGCAAGAGAUCGACAGAGGGAUUUCUGCUUAUGCAAUCCACAGUUUGAUGUGAUGUGAUGUGAUGUGAUUGAGUGGAGCUGUUGUUUCUUCGAGGAUAUGGAUUGUCGUGCGUUGCUAGUUGGGUGCGUUGGCAGAAUUCGAGAAGCUGCUGUUGAAGGUUAGAAGAGUUCUUUGGAUGGAGAGAUUAGGAAGGGGCUUGCAGAAUGGGGGCGAUGGGCUCUGAUAGGAAUUGAAGUAGGGGGUAUAUUGAUUUUGCGAGGAAUUUAGGGUGGGUGUCUCGCAGUCUGUAGCGAUGAUGCGCACAACUUGGUUAAGCACUGCUGCUAGAAGAGGUCUAUUGCCUUCCUUACGUAUACGCCAAUUUUCGGCCCCUCUUUGCCGGGUGCAAUUUUGCGCCAAUGUGAAGUUCGGAGACGAUGCCAAGUUUGGGGACGCUGUAGGUUUAGUGGAUGCUGCGAAGUUAGUGGCCAAAGAGUAUGCGGAGCUUGAACUAGAUUCAAUUGAGAACCAGGUCGGGCUAGGGGUGAGGGUGCGCCAGCAUGUCAAUCCAUUCAAGGCUUCUCUUACGGCUCCUAUGGUUCCUCCUGCAUGGGAAACUGAGUUUGCGGACCCAACGUUACCUCUUCAUGUAGAUAUCGGCUGUGUUUCUGACAUUUUUGCAGGAAGUGGUAGGCUCUUGUUGGUUUUGGCCAAAAGACGCAUGGGAUCGUCCAAUUUUUUGGGCAUAGAUAUACGUGAUAAGCUGUUGCAACGCUCAAGAAUAUGGGCUGAGGAGCUUAAUCUUACGAACAUACAUUUCAUGGUUUCGAAUGCAACUCUUGCUUUGAAUGCAAUAUUGUUGAAAUACCCUGGACCAGUCAAGCUUGUUACAAUACUAUGCCCAGACCCACAUUUCAAGAAGAGGCACCAGAAAAGACGGAUUGUACAGAAGUCUUUGGUUGAUGCUCUUGAAAAGCAUCUUCCAACUGGUGGCCAGAUAUUUCUCCAAUCAGACGUGGAAGAAGUGGCCAAGGACAUGCGAGACCAAUUUGAUGAAAAUGUAAAUUUUUCUCGUGUGCACCCACCUGGAUCUAAUAUGUGUGACUCGGAGGGUUGGCUAUUGGAAAACCAUCUAGGAGUUGCAACUGAGAGGGAGAUUCAUGCUGUAGCUAACGGAGGGAGUAUCUUUAGAAUGUUGUUUCAACGCGUAUGAAAUUAAGUUGCCCACAUUUUGCUCCUGAGCAUUUUUAUCAAUUUAUUAAUCAUUUUUGCUAGAUGUCAGGUUUUUGAAGUUUUGAAUAUUUAGUUUUAAUAAUGUGGACAGUUGGGUUACCAUCUAUGUGUAAUACUGGCUGCUUUAGCCCCUACAGAAAAUUCAAAAUUUAAUGGAUGCGGAUAUUUGGCGCUCUUGAAGAUUAACAUCA